AUGAAUCUAAAUAAAAAUAUUAUUGAUAAAAGAUUUUAAAAAACAUAAGAAAUCACAAGAAAGAAAAAAAAUUUCGAAUGUGGAGGGACUACUUUUUAAAUUGAUGAUACAUAUGAGUACAUAAAAUAAAUAGGGCAUGGUGCGUAUGGAGUAGUGUGCUCCGGAUUUGAUACAAAGGCUUAAAAAAAAAUUGCAAUAAAAAAAAUUACAAAUGCGUUUGAAGAUUUAGUUGAUGCGAAAAGAAUUUUAAGAGAGAUCAAAUUACUUAAAUUUUUUAACCAUGAAAAUGUAAUUUCUUUACAUGAUAUUAUUGUUCCUGAUUAAAAAACUGGUUAUGAAGACAUUUAUAUUAUAACUGAAUUAAUGGAAACUGAUCUACAUAGAGUAAUAUAUUCACGUUAAGAUUUAACUGAUGAGCAUAUAUAAUAUUUUUUAUAUUAAAUACUAAGAGGAAUGCUUUAUAUUCACUCUGCUAAUGUAAUGCAUAGAGAUUUAAAACCUUCCAAUAUUUUAGUAAAUAAAAAUUGUGAUUUAAAGGUUUGUGAUUUAGGCUUAGCUAGAGGUUUUGAAAACGAAGAUGACACGAAAACCGAAUAUGUUGUAACUAGAUGGUAUAGAGCUCCUGAAGUAAUUUUAAAAGCUUCUGAAUAUACUAAAGCUAUUGAUGUAUGGUCCAUAGGUUGCAUAUUUGCUGAGUUAUUAGGAAGAACUCCUUUAUUCCCAGGUAAAGAUUACUUAGAAUAAAUACAGAGAAUUAUAGCUAUAUUGGGAACUCCUACAAACGAAGAAAUAAGCUAUAUUACAAACGAAGGAGCAAUAAAAUAUAUAAAAAGUUUACCUAAAAGAAGUAAAUAAAAUUGGUAAGCUUUAUAUCCGAAUUCAAAUGUUUAAGGACUUGAAUUACUAUCGAAAAUGUUGACUUUUAAUCCUAACGAUAGAUAUACUAUAGAAGAAUGUUUAAGUCAUUAAUAUUUUGACGGAUUACAUAAUUCUGAAGAUGAGCCGAUUUCAGAUUAAAUAUUUGAUUGGAGUUGGGACAAUUUUGAAUUAACAAAAGAUAAAUUACAAAUAAUGGUUUAUGAUGAAGCUAUUAGUUAUUAAUAAUAGAAAAAAUAACUAUAUUGA